GAAAGGUAUGGUAUAGGUGAUUGCAAAAUAGCAGAGAAAUUUUUGGAAAUGAUUCAAGAGCAUAAUUUAUUAGAUAAUGAUAAUAAUCUUCAUAUCCUAGAAGCAUUAUUUAUUUCGCUAAGAACACAAUCACACAGUUAUGUGGAAAAUUUCGUAAAAUUAGAUGGUAAUGAACAUUUGAAAAAUUUAUUGAGCGAAUGUUCACGACGAUCCGGAUUGGAACAACAUGCAACUGCUAUAUUGCUUUGCUUUCGAGCUCUUCUUAAUUCAACGAUUGGCCGAUUAGCUGUUUUAUCAUCGGAUGCGACACUUUGUGUCAUUGCAUCGUCUACUUGUCUUCAAAGUGCCAAAUGCAAGAUCUUACCGUUUUUUUUUUUUGAUAAAAUAUAA